GUACAAUUAAAAAGAAGAUUGUAUAAUGAACACCUUUGCUGUUUAAUUCUAAGAACCCUUUAAGGAAUUUGGUAUGUUUGAAUAAACACAUCCCUAUUUUAAUAAGUUAUUACAUUUGCAUCCUUAACAGUAUUGGAGAUUUUUUGAAACUUUCCAAAUGUUCCACUUAAAAAGAUAUAAUAAGACGGAAGAUAACAACCCCGUCCUUGUUGGUAAGGAGAAGGAACUCUACGAAUCUAAAAACUGGCCGAAAUCAUUUUCUAGUCCCGUCGACAUCACCAGGGUUAAAAUCGACGCCUUUAAGCCAUGGAUUACAAAGCGUGUAUCCGAUUUGAUGGGAAUUGAGGACGACAUUGUCAUCGAUUACUGUAUGAGCCAGUUGAAGGAUCUUGGCGAAUCUGACGCUAAGAGAAACACCCAACUUGCAGAGGAUGGAGGAUCAGUUUUUAAUGAGAAACCACGACUAGAUCCUAAAAGGCUCCAGAUUAGUCUGACUGGUUUCAUGGAGAAGAAAGCUGGAAUUUUCGUGAGGGAGCUCUGGGAACUUCUACUCUCAGCACAGUCUAAUCCUGAUGGAAUCCCUCAGGCAUUUAUUGACGGUGAGAACAGAGAGAAUGAGCCUGUAAAGGAAGAACCUGUUAAUCAUGAAAAGAGGGAAACUUCAAGAGACUCUUCGCACUCUUCAUCACUUAAGAGUACUAAGAACCACGACGAUCAUAGAUAUAGUGAUUACUCAGAAAAACCCAAAAGAGAACCUGAAACUGACAAUGCCAGGGAGCGGGAAGAUAGAGCACAGAGCUACAGACGACAUGACUUUAAAAGAGAAUAUAGAGACCGAGAUCAUAGAAGAGAAGAUUCAUACAAACAUCGCAGUGAGAGAAGAGAGAGGCGACGUUAUAAAUCUAGUUCCAGAUCUAAAUCGCCAGUUAGGGAUAUAGACAGUUCAGAAUCCGUACUCAGAUCACGGUCGAGAUCGAGAGACGUAAGAUCUCGGAAACAUAGACGUAAAUCACCUUCGAGCUCAUAUGAGGAGAAACACAAGCGUCGCAGGAGGAGAAGGUCGGUUUCCUCAGAUUCAUGGUCACCAACUCGAGAUCGUCGUAGACAAAGAGAACGAGCCCGGCGUAAUCGCUCUAGGAGCCAUAGCAGGCAACGAUACACCAGAAAACGAGAUUACUCCUCCAGCUCAUCGAGCCUUGAUCCAGAACGAGUUAGGGAAAUGACAAGGAAGAUACGAACGAGGACCAGUAGGUGAAUUUAUGUAUAAAUCUAAGGGACUUAGACUCAACUUCAGUUUUUAAUUUAGUGCACAUCUA